CACCAGUGUGUACACACCUUUUUUUCAAUACCGAUAAAAGAGUUAUCGCCCGCUGUCCACCUCUGGGAAUUUUGGUGCGCAUUAAAAUUAAAUUAUUAAAAAACGCUGUUUUUAGGCCGAAAUAGGUUGGGGAAAACCUCUGGCAAACCCACUUAAGCUGAUACCCAACUGGCAACCAAAACACGUGCCAAAACAAACGUUUAUUUUUUGAUUUAAAGUAGUAAAUUAAACAAAAGCCAGCAAGAUGGGAAUGGUAACGAAGCGCAAGAAGAUGCACUAUGGCGAUACCCACCUGCAGAGGCGGUGGCGUGUGCGGAAUCGCCGUCGUGAUCUCGACCAGAUCGACGAUGACCUGCGCACCCGCAGCGGGGAGCUCAUCAAUCAGAACGUGGACCUCGACAAGCCGGGAUUCGCCCAGUUCUACUGUGUCCACUGUGCCAAGUACUUCAUCGACGACACCGCAAUGCAGGCCCACUUCCGCACCAAGGUGCACAAGCGGCGGCUCAAGGCGCUGGAGAUCGAGCCCUACAGCAUCGAGGAGGCGGAACGCGCCGCUGGACGUGGCAGCUUCGUGAAGCCCAAGAAGAGGGCCAUGGAAACGCAGCCGUCCAAGGAUGAUGUGGUCGCCGGCAAGAGGAUCCGGGUGGAGGAGGUGCCAGAGGACACAGCAGCCACCGACUCGCCCUCCACGUCCAAAACGAAGCGCAAGAAAGCCGAGAAAAUGGAGACAUAGUCGGGGGGAAGGAUCCUAUCCUUUGAUCUAGCUUAGUUUUUAAGGCCUGGGGACCUUUCACCCUGCAAAACUCUGGUUUCUUGUAAUUGCUUUCUAUAAAUACAUUUUUUUCCAACAUAAA